AAGUGAAAGUCUAAGUGUGUGUGUGUGUGUGAGUGAGUGAGUGAGUGAGAGAGAGAUCAGUUUACCUCCGUGACUAGCAAACACAACAGACAUGCAGCAUGUCCCGGAAGAAUGGACAGAGUCGGAGGAGAGGAAGAGAUCAGAUGAAGGACAGACAGAGCAGACGGAGGAGUGUGAGACGCUGAUGAUGGAGCUGACUCAACUCGUCCACAUGACUGUGAGGGACAGCAGCUGGUGGGACAGGAGAGGACUGGACUGCACCAUCCUGGCUUCAGCUUUCAUCAUCCUGCCCAUAGCGUUCCUGCUCUUGUCCUCGCCUCAGGUGUGUUACUUCAUGUUGGGUUUGGUCGUGAUGGGCGUGGCUCAUGCUGUGAUCACAGUGAAGGGAACUCACCUGGCCAGUCAUGGCGUUCUGACUGAGUCCACCACCUGGACACAGUUCUGGAACAUCUUCUUCAUUGAGGUGUGUGGAGCAUUUACGGCCAAAAUGGCAGUGAAAGCACACGUUAAGACGCAUCACGCUCACACAAACGUGAUCGGACUCGGAGAUUCCAGCACUUGGAAGAUUCCGUUCCUGCCCCGAAGUGUUUACCUGUUCAUCGCUCCGCUCGCGGUCCCCGUCAUCACGCCUGUGGUUGCCAUGGGGCUGCUGAAAGGCCAGCCUCUGUCCUCAGCAGUGCAUACGGUGGUGUGUAUGUGUAUAGGUGUGUGUUCACAGUAUGUGCUACUACGGUGUGUAUCAGGGUUGGAGUGUAGCUUAGCGCUGCUCGUGAUGCUGCUGAGCAGAGCCAUGUUCUCCAUUCCUUACAUCCACGUCAACAUCUUCCAGCACAUUGGGUUGCCGAUGUUUUCUCAGAGUCGUCGACCCAAGCGCAUAUAUCAGAUGAGUCACGGAGUGUUAAACCUGUCGAGGAACCCACUGUUGGACUGGACCUUCGGCCACUCACUCAUUAACUGCCACGUGGAGCAUCACCUGUUCCCCUCACUGUCUGACAACAUGUGUCUAAAGGUGAAGCCAAUUGUGUCGCAGUUCCUGAAGAUGAAGGCGUUACCGUAUCAGGAGGAAGACUAUCUCUCUCGUCUUCGUCUCUUCUUCCACAGGUACCAGGAGCUGAUGGUGUUUGCUCCUCCGAUCACUGAGCUGGUGGGGGUUCAGUGACGGAGAACCACAAGAACUGUCACAGAUCCUCCAACCAGGACUGUUUAUUUCAUAUCUAACUAGUGUACAGGUUCUACAAUGAUGCUAAAACACACACACACACACACACACACACACACACACACACACACACACACACACACACACACACACACACACACACACUGCAGCUUCCAUCAUGAACACACCACCUGAUGGACCUUCUGGUGUCGCCUAAAGAGCUACCAAAGACCAAUAUGAAUAUUUAGGGCCCUAGAUAGGGAACAUAGUGUAUAUUAGUGAAGCCCUGUACUGUAGGGGCUGCACAUUACUCAAAAGUUAGUGCCCCCACUGCUGCCCCUCCCCAGUGUAGUAGAUUUGGUCUUUUACUAAAGCUCUUUGAACAGAAACUAAUGCACAUUUCAGCUGCUUUACAAUUAAACUAAAAUAAAUUUGCUUUGUUUUCAACUUUCAAAUGUAAUUUCUUAUUUUCUUAUAUUGGGUUUAAGUAAACACUAAAAUAACACUAUAUUAAAAAAAAGUAGCUUAAGUUUAUUUUGAUAAUAGUAGCUUUUUAAAAAAAGUUUAUGAUAAUUAGUUGUGAUAAAGUAACACAGGAAAUCCUAAUGAUUGUCUCCAGGACGUUUCUUGGACCAGUCACCUGUAUUAUUUCUUAUUUAACAGAGAUGAAGAAUUUUAUUACUCAGGACACAGAAACACAAAGUGAACAUUGGGGCUACUGCCACACAGCCACCAGAGAGCGCUAGUGUGAUGGUGUAAUAUCAUCUGCUAAUCUCUGGUUCAUAUCAAUACAUCGAGUGAAGCAAAAACAUCCUGUAAACAAGCACACACGUCUCUCAACCAGCAAAAAUCAGCAAAUUGUAUUAAACACUAAGAGCUAGGCUAACAGUGCUAACUUUAUUUUUAAACACUGUUUAUGACCUUAAAUAAUCAUGAAGUUA